GUUUAUUCUAAAAGAACUUUAAUGUAAACAAAAGAGUAAUAUAAUUUUGUUACAUUAUAUGUUGUGAAAAUAAUGAAAAAAAUGUGUUUUUGUUAAUAUAAAGUUUAUAAAUAUAUAGUUUAUGAAAAAGUUAUUACUACCAUAUAUAUGAAAUAACCAGACCAAACGUUGCCAGACAACCUACAUAUGAAUAUUCAUCAAUAUAAAACGAGUCUUCGAGAUUAUAAAAUUUUUCAAACCACAUGAAAUGAUUACAAAUUGAAUAUUAAGUUUAUAAUAUAUUACUAGUAAAUAAGGCAGGAAACCAAGAAUUUAUACUUAUUAUAUAGAAAUUAUAUUAUUUCAAAAGUGCAAUGACCGAAAUAAAACAAGAAAUUGAUUCAUGCAACAUCGAAUAUGAAAUUAAAUGUGAACCAGUAGAUUCAGAUGCUUCGGAAACAGAAAACAGUUACAACAACGAUUACAAAGAGACAAAUGAGAUUUCUGAAGAUGCAAGUUUCCCUCAAUAUUUAAAACCAGAAACAUACAUUGAUACUCAAGUGCAAGAAGAUAUUGUCCAGGAUUACCAUGAACAAGUACAAAUACCCAGUGAGAUAGAUGAUUCUUUUAAACCUGUAAAACAGCCUAAAGAGAAACGAUUUCAAUGUCCUUACUGCAUGAAGACUUUUCCUCGUAAUAUUGAUUUAGUUCCUCAUGUAAGAACCCAUACAGGAGAAAGGCCUUUUAAAUGUGAUAUGUGUGACAAAGCUUACACGCAACUAUCUACUUUAACAAACCAUAAACUGACACAUGCUCCUGAAAAGGCUUUCAAAUGUACACAAUGUGAUAAAGCUUAUUCUCGUAAAGGUGAUUUACAAAGCCACUACAGACUACACACAGGCGAAAGGCCUCACAAGUGCAAUAUAUGUGGCCUAGGAUUUCCUCGGUCGUCCAAUUUAAUGAAACACAUGUACGUUCAUAUAAAGGACAAAGACUUUGAGUGCCCUUAUUGCAGUAAAGCAUUCUCUAACAAAAGUUACUUACACAUGCAUCUCAAAACGCAUUCUGGAGAGCGCCCUUAUGAAUGUUUCAUUUGUUUGAAAAAGUUCACACUGUUACAAAACAUGAAAAAACAUGUAUCCAUUCACAUCAACGGCAAACAAUUCAUUUGUUCCCUUUGCAAUAAAGCCUUCGCGGACCAACAAAGUCUAUCCCUUCAUACUAAAGUCCAUACAGGCGAAAGGGAUUUCAAAUGUGAUGUUUGUGGUAAAGCCUUCAUUCGAGAUCAGUAUUUGAAAAAACACAAAGUUGUUCAUGAGGGUCGUAGAGAUUUCCAAUGUCCCUACUGUGAUAAAGCUUUUACAAGAUCUGAUAUUUUAGCACAGCAUUUACGUAUUCAUACUAAAGAGAAGCCUUUCAAAUGUGAUGUGUGUGAUGAAGCGUUUGCACGAAAAAGUGGAAUGUUGAAACAUAAAGCAAAAGCACAUGUCGAAGAAAAAAAACCUUCAUUAUGAGACACAGAGAGUAUAAUAGACUUAGAUUGUAAAUAUUACUUAACAUAUAUAUAUUUUAUGUUAUGAAUGUCCUUUGGGUUAUUUCAUAUAUUGCUUG